AUGCUCCCAGGCGAUUACUGCGAUGUCUACCUCACCCACGACUCGAUGAGCGUGCGCAAGGCCCACAACAGCGGCCGCAAUCAUCUGCGCAAUGUCGUCGACUACUACCAACGUGAGUCUUUCUCCUCUUCCUCCAGCACGUACAACGGCAUCAACACGACUCGUGCGCUUGCUGCUGCUCCUUCGUAUGGCAGAAACAGCAGCGGCAGGCCGCACAGCCGUCGCCACAACUGGCAAAACCAGUACUAUCGCCACGAUCAUGACGGACGCGCCGCUGACAGACGCCCGCCUCUGCGAACAGAAAUCGGCCACGAAAAGGCACAAUCAGUUAUCGACUCGAUCACCUCUUCCUACGCCGCCGAGGGCCAGGCCCAUGCAAACCCCAUGCUCCCCCACAACCAGCCCGGCUACGCUGCCGCCCAAGCCCGCUUCGGCGGCGGACGUCCGGGCUUUAUGAACGGCGGAGGCCCUCCGGGUGGGCCGCGUGGCAUGCCCAUGCCGCCGUCCUUUGGCGGUGCCGGCGGUGCCCCGGGCGCGCCUGGUGCACCGGGUGCUCCUGGUGUCGGCGGCCUGCCCAUGCCGCCACCACACUUCAACUUUCCCGGCGGCAUCCCGCCACCCAUUCCACCCCCAGGCAGCGGUCUACCUCCACCGCCCGGCAGUGCAGCCUUUGGAGCGGGCGCCCCAGGCAGCGGCGCCAGCGGCGGCGCCAGCGGCGGCCGUGGCUUCCCCAUCCCGCCACCACCGCCCGCGCUCGGUGCCAACGGCGCGCCCGGCGGCAUUCCGCCCCCGGUUCUGCUGCUGCUGCUGCAGGUGCCGGGCGCGCCACCUCCCAACUUCCCUGGCUUCCCAGCCGGCAUGCCCAUCCCUGUACCCGGCCAGCCCGGCUUCCCGCCGAUUCCACCGCCGCAGUUCAUGCACGGCGCCGGUGCGGGUGGGCCGCCAAUGCCUGGCCCGCCUGGUGGCGACAGACGAUAA